CUGCUGCUUCCGGGCUCUGCGGCUGGCUCCGGGCGGCUCCGCGAGGCCGCGGCCCCGACGCUGGGUCCGGGAGGGGCUGCAGCGCCCGGAUGCCUGGCUCCCUACGCAGGCCCGCGCUUUGCCUCUCGACCGAGAGCUCCGAGGAACCCUCCAACCUGACCUUGCUGAAGCUGAGUCUCAGCUGUGUGCUCGGGGACCGGUGGGGCUACUUACAGGAUUCACAGCCCUCUGAAUCAAGGGACGAACGCUGCUGGCUGGAGUUUGCCGGAUAGCUCUCCCCCUAUCCACCUAAUAGACUUCCUACUCCUGAGCUCCUUUAGGAUAGCAGUUCAGAACUCCCUCAGUCGGGAGCACCUAGGACCCGGGGCCACCUUUCCUUCCUUCCUUCUUGGAUGGAGCACCGCCUCCCCAUUUUCUGGGGCACCUUGGGGCGUGGCCUUGGUGAGUGAAACUUGGGGUGCUGCCUGCUGGGAAAGAAACCCGGAAAAACAGGGAGGACACUGUGGGGGUGACCCAGGCUUUGUCAGAUCCCGAGACUUUCGGAAUCUUGUGUGGUGGUGGUGGUGAUUGUGGUGGUGGUUAAUAAAUUUGGAUGUGCCUAACUUUACCUCAAAACUGAAAAGGAAACAAGCCACCUGCCACGUUUGAGGCUGCAUAACCAUCCAGGGAAGUGGGGAGCCACUUCUGAAUUCAGAGUAGGACACACCAGGCAGAUACCUGUUCUGAGCCUGAACAGACUCUGGCUUCUGAGGAGAACUUCAGCCCUCAAACCUGAGAGUCUAAGCAGUGCCAGGAAGCAGCACCAGAAUUUGGGGCUUCAUUACACACCCCAGCCAUGUUCCUGCGACGGCUUGGUGGCUGGCUACCUCGCCCCUGGGGCCGCCGGAAACCAACGAGGCCUGACCUGCCUGCCCCAGAACCCAGACAGAUGGACAGCUCCUCCGAGAAUUCAGGGAGUGACUGGGACAGUGCCCCAGAAACCAUGGGAGACCUGGGGCCUCCCAAGACCAAGGACUCAGGUGCACAGACGAGCUCUGGGGCUGCUCCAGAACCAAGCAGGGAGUCCCAAGUUGAGCAACUGGAGAGCAAAAGAAUGGAUUCUUUCAAGUGGAACAAGACUGUCUCUAGCACUCAAGGGUCUGGGAGACUGGAGGCUGGACAGGCCAUUCCCAAACUGGGAUGGGAUCCUGUGGACUCAGGUGGCACCAGGAAACCUGGAGUGUCCCCUGAAGAGGGACUGAGCCCCUCUGGGCCUGAAGCCCCACUGGAGAAGCCUGGUCGGCGUCAGAAGCUGCUGGGCUGGCUGCGGGGGGAACCAGGGGCUCCCUAUCAGUACCUGGGGGGCCCAGAGGAAUGUCUGCAGAUCUCUACCAACCUGACCCUGCACCUGCUGGAGCUACUGGCCUCAGCCCUGCUGGGGCUAUGCUCAAGGCCAUUGCGGGCAGCCUUGGACGCGCUGGGCCUGCGUGGACCACUGGGCCUCUGGCUACAUGGGCUACUGUCCUUCCUGGCUGCCCUGCAUGGGCUCCAUGCUGUUCUGAGCCUACUUACCGCUCACCCCCUGCACUUUGCCUGCCUCUUUGGUCUUCUACAGGCCCUGGUGCUGGCUGUCAGCCUCCGGGAGCCCAGUGGGGAUGAGGAGGCCAUUGACUUGGAGGGCGAGAAGCUGGGGAGGGAGGGUGAGGAGCAGAGGGGAGACCCAGGAAAGGGGCUGUGACCACAGGGUGGGGUGUGUCCCAUGGCCCCAUCCUCAGUGAGGUGGGAGCAAGGGUGAACACAGUGUGGCCUUUAGGAGAGUGGGGGGCAUGAUUUAGAUUGUAAGCACAGGGACCUCAGGGAUGGGGUAGAAACCCCAGAGUAUGAGGGCACAGAGCCCCCCUUCACACACAGGAGAGAAUAGAACUGUUUAGGUGUCUGUUUAUGGACAGUGAGGGCAUUGCCCUUGAAUUCACCAGCUGUUGUUAAUUUUUGCUUUUACAUUUCUCCCACCUCCAGUUAUUUUUUUUUCCACCUCCACUUUUUAAAAGAAAAAAAAAAAGUGUGAUGGUGGAGAAUAAAGACUAAAAGUCCCUCUCUACCUUUCAAAACUCUCCAGGGGUGGAGGAGACCAGAGGUAUGACAGAUAGAUCUCUGGAUAGGGUAAGAGGGUGGUUGAGAGACUCAAGGUAUCCCUUGGAUCCUGGGAUCUGCACCAUCUAGGGAGGAGUGGCACUGCUAGGUGGGUGAAUUAGGGGGUCUGGAUGGGGUCCUAUAGGUGAUGGAGCCUGCAGGGAGGAUCUGGGUGUUCCCAGUAGCCAGAGGGAAUGGGGACUGUGCAGGCAUUGUUAGCAGGAGGGCCAGCUCAGAGGGGCUGUCAGCUCAGACAGGCAGUAUGGGGAGCACUGGAGUCUGCAGACCCCACUGGGGCGGGGGGGGGUGGUUAGAGAUUUGCUCACUCAGCAAUAAAUAACUCUGUCACACCAAAUCCUCAAUAUACCACUACAAAGUAAGAGUUA